CGCGCGCCCGCCCGCCCGCUCGCCCCCGGCCCCGGCUCCUCCUCCUCCUCUUCUCGCCAUUGCAGUUGGACUCAGCAGCCCGGUGCGCACCGCGUGGCUUUUGGGGGGAGACCCCGGCGGGCUCUGGUAGGAGGGCGGCGGCUGCGGUCGGAGAAGGGGACGCGGACAAGAUAGUUGAAGUAUUAUUGAUAACACCAAGGAAAAUCUGUCACAAUUUGAAAAGAUAAGCAAAAAUUUGAUUUCCAGACACUACAGAAAAAGAAGUAAAGAUGCGUCCAGUGCGAAUUUUUGUGAAUGACGAUCGCCAUGUGAUGGCAAAGCAUUCUUCCGUUUAUCCCACACAAGAGGAGCUGGAGGCAGUCCAGAACAUGGUGUCCCACACGGAGCGGGCUCUCAAAGCUGUGUCCGACUGGAUUGAUGAGCAGGAGAAAGGCAGCAGCGAUCACACCGAGUCCGAGAAUGUGGAUGUGCCCCCGGAGGACGAGACCAAAGAAGGGGCCGGGGAGCAGAAGACAGAGCACAUGACCAGAACCCUAAGGGGCGUGAUGCGUGUUGGCCUCGUGGCAAAGGGCCUGCUGCUCAAGGGGGACCUGGACCUGGAGCUGGUGCUGCUGUGUAAGGAGAAGCCCACGACUGCCCUCCUGGACAAGGUGGCUGACAACUUGGCCAUCCAGCUUGCUGCUGUUACAGAUGACAAGUACGAAAUACUCCAAUCUGUCGACGAUGCUGCGAUUGUGAUAAAAAACACAAAAGAGCCUCCAUUGUCCCUGACCAUCCACCUGACGUCCCCCGUUGUCAGAGAAGAAAUGGAGAAAGUAUUAGCUGGAGAAACGCUAUCAGUCAACGAUCCCCCGGACGUUCUGGACAGGCAGAAAUGCCUUGCUGCCUUGGCGUCCCUCCGACACGCCAAGUGGUUCCAGGCCAGAGCCAACGGGCUGAAGUCGUGUGUCAUUGUCAUCCGGGUCCUGAGGGACCUGUGCACCCGCGUGCCCACCUGGGGUCCCCUCAGAGGAUGGCCCCUCGAGCUUCUCUGUGAGAAGUCCAUCGGCACAGCCAACAGACCAAUGGGUGCCGGCGAGGCCCUGCGGAGAGUGCUGGAGUGCCUGGCUUCAGGCAUCGUGAUGCCAGAUGGUUCUGGCAUUUAUGACCCUUGUGAAAAAGAAGCCACUGAUGCUAUUGGGCAUCUAGACAGACAGCAACGGGAAGAUAUCACACAGAGUGCGCAGCACGCUCUGCGACUUGCUGCUUUUGGCCAGCUCCAUAAAGUCCUGGGCAUGGACCCUCUGCCUUCUAAGAUGCCCAAGAAACCAAAGAAUGAAAACCCAGUGGACUACACGGUUCAAAUACCCCCCAGUACCACCUAUGCCAUUACGCCCAUGAAACGCCCAAUGGAGGAAGAUGGGGAGGAAAAGUCUCCCAGCAAAAAGAAGAAGAAGAUUCAGAAGAAAGAGGAGAAGGCAGAGCCUCCGCAAGCGAUGAACGCCCUGAUGAGACUGAACCAGCUCAAGCCAGGGUUGCAGUACAAACUGGUUUCCCAGACCGGCCCAGUCCACGCCCCCAUCUUCACCAUGUCUGUGGAGGUAGAUGGCAACUCAUUUGAGGCCUCUGGGCCCUCCAAGAAGACUGCCAAGCUGCACGUGGCCGUGAAGGUGUUACAGGACAUGGGCUUGCCCACGGGCGCUGAAGGCCGAGACUCCAGCAAGGGGGAGGACUCAGCUGAGGAGACAGAGGCAAAGCCAGCUGUGGUGGCCCCUCCUCCUGUGGUGGAAGCUGUCUCAACCCCCAGCGCUGCCUUCCCCUCUGAUCCCACUGCCGAGAACGUAAAACAGCAGGGGCCGAUCCUGACUAAGCAUGGCAAGAACCCUGUUAUGGAACUUAACGAGAAGAGGCGUGGCCUCAAGUACGAGCUCAUCUCAGAGACGGGGGGCAGCCACGACAAGCGCUUUGUCAUGGAGGUCGAGGUGGAUGGACAGAAGUUUCAAGGUGCUGGCUCAAACAAAAAGGUGGCGAAAGCAUAUGCCGCCCUUGCUGCACUAGAAAAACUGUUCCCCGAUGCCCCUCUCACCCUUGAGGCCAACAAGAAGAAGAGAGCCCCUGUGCCUGUGAGAGGUGGACCGAAAUUUGCUGCUAAGCCACAUAACCCUGGGUUCGGCAUGGGGGGCCCCAUGCACAAUGAAGUGCCCCCACCCCCCAACCUCCGAGGACGAGGAAGAGGAGGGAACAUCCGAGGUCGAGGGAGAGGGAGAGGAUUUGGUGGCGCCAACCAUGGAGGCUACAUGAAUGCUGGCGCCGGGUAUGGCAGCUACGGGUAUGGUGGCAACUCAGCGACCGCCGGCUACAGUCAGUUCUACAGCAACGGAGGGCAUUCUGGGAAUGCCGGUGGUGGUGGCGGCGGCGGGGGCGGUGGUGGCUCUUCUGGCUACGGUUCAUACUACCAAGGUGACAACUACAACUCACCAGUGCCCCCGAAACACGCCGGGAAGAAGCAACCGCACGGGGGGCAGCAGAAGCCCUCCUACGGCUCGGGCUACCAGUCCCACCAAGGCCAGCAGCAGUCCUACAACCAGAGCCAGUACAGCAACUACGGCCCCCCACAGGGCAAGCAGAAAGGCUAUAAUCAUGGACAAGGCAACUACUCCUCCUACUCAAACUCCUACAGCUCACCUGGAGGUGGGGGCGGAUCAGACUACAGCUACGAGAGCAAAUUCAACUACAGUGGUAGUGGAGGCCGAAGCGGUGGGAACAGCUACGGCUCAGGCGGGUCAUCCUACAAUCCAGGGUCACACGGGGGAUACGGCGGAGGUUCUGGGGGCGGCUCCUCAUACCAAGGCAAACAAGGAGGCUAUUCGUCACAGUCGAACUACAACUCCCCGGGGUCCGGCCAGAAUUACAGCGGUCCUCCCAGCUCCUACCAGUCAUCACAGGGGGGCUACGGCAGAAACGCAGAUCACAGCAUGAACUACCAGUACAGAUAAAGCCCCCGAGGGGUGAAGAUUUGUACCUUCUGCACUUACCCCCCUGUUGUAAGAUUCAGUUUUUGCAUCACAGUUAACAUGUCAACCGGCCUCUCCAGGCCCCUCCGCCCUACCCUGUCCACGUUGCCGUGUUGUGAGGUGCCGCUGGUCACUCCCGUGACCCGUCCUGUGACCCAUAUUUAGCUGUGUUUGGGACUCUGUGUCUUCAGUGGUUUGUUAGUUGCCAUUACAACUUUGUCUUGAGUAGAGUUUUUUGAGUUCUUGCAGUUAAGUAUCCCUCUGUCUAUUUACAAUUGGUGUUAGUGUUAACUCAGUUUGUCUUUAAAUAGUUACGGAAGGGAUACGUCAUCUGUUAAUGCUUUUGUGAAGUGAGUUAAACGAGCUUUCUGUAUUUUAAUGCUUUAGUGUUUCAGUUUUAUAAGUGAAGAUUUUAUUUUAAAAACCAAUGGGAAAAGAGUGGGGUUUUUUUGUAUGUCUGGAUCAUUCAGGCAGUACAUCUGAAUUGAGCUGAAUGUAGACAAAUAAAGAAAAACAAAACUCCACGCCUGUCGUAGGCCUGGGUGUCUGGCCCACCAGCAGCAGGAGGGGCAGGUUCCUCCACUCUGUUCCCAGCACAGGAAGGCAGGGUGUGAGGGGGCAGGGUAGUCCCUGGUCACCAGCGAAGGGCCAGGGCCAGCAACCCAGUUUCCUGGGAGCCUGUAGACCUGGUGUCCCAGCUCUCCCGGCGGGCUGCAGAGCAACUUUGGUGGCCCACGCUGCUGUUUGGGGUUUGCUCACACAGUUGGGUAUGCUUUGUUUUCUGCUCCAUGUAUUCUAAUAUAGUUUUAGGUGCAAUUUCAGGUCGCCGUGGAGUAAAACGUCCUUGUAGGUUUGGUACACAUAACCUAAUUUGAAAAAGCCGAGUUGAAUCUGGCUGAAGGAUCCCAAGAUCUGGGGAAUCCAGCCACAGAACCACCCAUGUCAGGACGGCGCUUUGUGUCUGCAGCAGCUUCGGUCUCUUCCCUGGCGCCGCCCCUGCCCAUAGCGUGCUCCACAGAGUGUGCUGUUGGCAUGCUUUUCAAUCCUGGGUAAUUUUGCAGUGGUUGGGGGAUGUUUGUCACCCGUUGGGUAGAGGCCAGGGAUGCUGCUAACCAUUCUACACUGAAGUAUCAGCAGUGCACAAGUGAAGGAACCCUUGUCCAGGGCAGCCCUUCUCAACUCUGGCCCUGCCCCAGGGAGAGAGUGGGGGCCGUGCCUGGAUUGCCUUUACCUGGCUGCCUGGAAAUAGCCUCUCAGUGAGGCCUGGGACUGCAUCUCUGCAGGAACCACCCGUCUAGUCUUGCUGCCUCUCUACUCUUUCAGACCAGGUACUGUUCAAGAUCUGAGCCCCAGGUGGCCCCUUGGCCUCCCAUGCUUGCUUAACCGUGACCAUUGGGAGAAGCGUGAACCAUUCUUGACUCACUCAGCUGAUGCAGAAAACCCAGUGUGCUUUCAAAGGAUGAAGAUCUGCUUUUUGGGAAGGUGAAAGAAAGGUGUUCUGCGCUACAAAAGAAAACAUCGGAGGAAUUUUGCUUAUUGCCAGAGCAUAGGCGGCCCCAGAUGCCAAAUGGUCCAGCCUGGGGACCGGGACCCACAGUGCAAACAUUCGUGUAGGUGAAGUGCCCUGGGAUCCCUCAAGCGUGUACACUAGGUGGAGACCAGCCACAGACCCGAGGGAUGGCUUCCAACCUCGACUCCUACCAGACACAUCCAGGGGAUGGACAGGAGGAGACCCCACACAAGAUCACUUGGACCUUGUGUUUGAGAUGAGACGGUAAAAGCUGUGGACAGGAGCAGUGUCACUCAGAAGUCCACAGGAAGGAACACUCCUGUACUGCCUGUCGGAUGCCUUCAACUCUGGACCUGCAUUCUCAACACAGGUUUCAUCGUUGGUUUCCCAAGCAGCAACCAUCACCACCGUUCACAUUUCUGAAUGCAGACUCACUGCAAAGACAGGAACCUCAAGGUGAGAGAAGCCAGCGGAAAAAGAUGUCCCUGUGGUGACAAGUCCUCAGGGCAUCGGGACUUGCUGCCGUGUUCUGCUGUUGCAGGGAGGGGCCAGGCCCCUGAUGGCUUAUCUUUCACGGAUGCCUGUCUGAAUCCCACCCAUGGUCAGGACAAGUUUAUUGCCAAAAAGAGAGCGUUAACUGGGAAGCAAGCCGGCUUUCCCCUUGUCUCAUUUUCUGGUGGCUCCAGGCGUCCCUUGACUUCUGACUUCAUCGCGCCAGUCUCUGCCUCUGUCUUCACUUGGCCUCUUCCUGUGAGUCUCUGAGUCUCAAAACUCCUUCCUUAUGUAAGGACACCAGUCAUUGGAUUUGGGGCCCACCCUAUUCUAGGAUGAGUUCAUCCCAAGAUCCUUAAAAACGUCUACAAAGAUCUGUCUCCAACUAAGGUCACGUUCACAGAUAUCCGCGGUUAGGACUUGGACAUACCUUUUGAGGGUACAGUACAAGGCUGGGUGAAGGUUUCACCCCCACUGAUGCUGUCAGCCCUGGGAGUUUGUCGGCCACAGAUAGGAUUACCAUAGUCAGGCCUCGAUGGCACAGCGCCAGCAGCAUCUUUACAGCAUGGUGGGUACCUGUCCUGAGGAGACAGCUCGUAAGCACAGAUCACUUGGCAUCUUGACCCUGCUCAGGGAGCUCGGUGGUGGUGAUGAAGCUGGCCAACAACAGUAUCCCAGGCCUCGGGACCACUGCGGGAAGCUGGAUUCAGGAAGAUGUGGCUGACACCUUGAGCAUGGAGAAGGCCUUGCUGCUGGUGUGUCACUCCUUCAGAGCUGACCGAGGCCUUUCCCCAGGCCUGUUGCCCUCCAAGCCCAGGAGGCCAGCCUGUAGGAGGUCCUGGCAGAGCUGCUUCUCCAGCUCCUCCUCAUCAGCCAGGGCCGUGGUGGGCAACAGCUGGCUUGUGAAGAGACGUCUUGGCCCCCGUGUUGCUGGAGGAUGGUAUCACGCGUCCUUGAGUCUCCAGCAGAGAGCACAGGGAGCAUCAGCAGGAGGAUUGUUGGCCCGCACCCUGAGCAAGUUGAUCAGGACAGGGUACUUGGUGGAUAGGCCAUGGGAGUCAGUGACCUGGGACUGGACACCACUCUGGAGGGUGCCUUUGGAGGGAAGGUAGGAAGGGAAAAAGCACAUGACUGAUACCUCACCGUGGGAUGAGAUGAUGUCACAGGGAGGGGCAGAGCCUUGCAGGGGAUUUGAACUGAUCCCAGGGGAGAAGUGUUGGGAAAUAGUGACCUAGGAUGAAAGGGGGUCUCCGAGCAGGAAUGGAAAAGGCAAAUCCAGGACUUCCGCUUCUCUAGAUGUAGCAGUUACUGAGGCCCUGGUUGUCCCUGGGGUCCAGCCUGACCUGAAGUCACCACCCAGCUGCCCAGCUACUCUCUACCCUGGCAGGGACCUCCAACCAUCAACCAUUCUUGUGUAGUCAGCAGGGCUUGCCCUGCCCCUAAGGACCCAGGCCUGGACCUCUGCAGCUGGGCUGUCCAGCCUCAGGAGUCAGUGUCCGGGUGUGAGCCCCACACCUGCUCUUCGUUCCCUUUGCAGGCCUGUUCUGAGACCUCUGGACACAAUUUUGGGUAACAAUGCAGCACGCUUUUUUGGCUGAGAUGCUCUUUCUGACCCAUCCCAGAAUAAAUGGAAACUUCAUGUGGUCAUUUGUUUCAUUCACGCAAC